AGGGCGGGACUUCCGCCUUCCGCCUCGCGGUGGCCAUUUUAAACUUUUAGGUUUUUUUUCACAGACUCCCAGGCUUCAGGCCGCUGGUCGGGAGGAGGAGGCGGCCUGGGAGGCAGCGCGCCUGCCGUGCGGGGUGUGUCUGAGGCUCCUGGAGCCCCAACAGCCCGAGAUUGGGGUCCCCGUGCCUCCCGGACUCCUCUCUGCUCACAGCGUCCCCGCAGCCGGACCCCAUUUCACCCUCCAGCCUGGGGGACCGGCCUCUCAGGUCCCGCCGCCCAGGUCCCCGCGCUCAGAAUGGAUGUGAACUUUGAAGACGUGGCCAUUGCCUUCUAUGAAGAGGAGUGGGUGAUGCUGGAUGAGACUCAGAGACUUCUGUACUACGAUGUGAUGCUGGAAAUGUUUGUCCUUGUAUCAUCUGUAGACAAUUGCAUGGCACCAAUGUGUGAUGUGCAACACACUUUUGCAAUGGGGCUUCCCCCUGCCACCACAUUCAACAUUCAUUUCCUCUCCAUUUCUCACUUUUCAGGUUGUUGGCAUAAAAUAGAAGAUGAGGAGGCCUGUUCUGAUCAGCGAGUACGUAUACAAGGCAAGUCACAGGUCAAGACUUCUAAGACAGCUCCAGUCACCCAUAAGAACCAUCUCUGUAAGCGGUGUUUCUCUGUGUUACAACAUAUUUUGCACCCGACUGGGUCACAUGCAGCAUACUUUGAGCAGAAAGCCUUCUGUAGCGACGCAUGUGUUGGAGAAUUCUGUUUCAGUGCAAACCCUCACCAGCAACAAAAGAAUGAAUGUGGAGAGGGGCCCUGGAAAGAAGCUAUGGACAGGGCCUCUUCUGUGAACAGGUGCAGCUUCUCCUUAUCUUUGAUGCCUUCAACCAGCAGGGAGGUUGGGGAAGACUUGCAGUCCAACUCAGAGCUUCUCUGGCACCAGGCCAUUCUCAACACUGAGGAGCUACACUGUGGCAGUGAGAUUUCACAGGAAUUUCUCAGUGGAAAAAGUCAUCACCGGUGGGAUGAAUGUGAAAAUGCUGCCAGCCACAACCUGAAAGUUGUUCAGUGUCAGGGUGUGUGUUCUGGAGAACUGAUUUAUGAGUGUAACAGGUAUAGGGAAAUGUUUAGACGAAACUUUAAUGUCAUUCGACAUAUGGGAGUUCACAGUGGAGAAAAGCAGUAUCAGUGUAAUGAAUGUGGGAAGUUCUUCGGAAAAAGACCUUCACUCAUUAAACACCAGAGAGUUCACACUGGAGAGAAGACAUAUGUGUGCAGACAUUGUGGGAAGUCUUUCAGUUCCAAGUCUAACCUCAAAAAACACAACAGAGUUCACACAGGAGAAAAGCCAUAUAAGUGCAGUGAAUGUCGGAUAUCCUUUCGUCAAAAGGCCCACCUCACUGAACACCUCAGAGUUCACACUGGACAGAAACCAUAUGAGUGCAGACAUUGUGGGAAAUCCUUCAGUUCCAAGUCUAACCUCCAACAACACAACAGAGUUCACACAGGAGAAAAGCCAUAUAAGUGCAGUGAAUGUGGGAUGUCCUUUCGUACAAGGACUCAGCUCACUAGACACCUCAGAGUUCACACUGGAGAGAAGCCGUAUGAGUGUCGAGAAUGUGGGAUGUCCUUUUCUCAAUGGGCUCAGCUCACUAGACACCUCAGAGUUCACACUGGGGAGAAGUCAUAUGAGUGUAGAGAAUGUGGGAUGUCCUUUCGUCAAAAGCCCCACCUCACUAACCACCUCAGAGUUCACACAGGAGAGAAACCAUAUGAGUGCAGACAUUGUGGGAAAUCCUUCAGUUCCAAGUCUAACCUCCAACAACACAACAGAGUUCACACAGGAGAAAAGCCAUAUAAGUGCAGAGAAUGUGGGAUGUCCUUUCGUACAAGGGCUCACGUCACUAGACACCUCAGAGUUCACACUGAAGAGAAGCCGUAUGAGUGUAGAGAAUGUGGGAUGUCCUUUCGUACAAGGGCUCAGCUCACUAGACACCUCAGAGUUCACACUGGGGGGAAGUCAUAUGAGUGUAGAGAAUGUGGGAUGUCCUUUCGUCAAAAGACCCACCUCACUGACCACCUCACAGUUCACACAGGAGAGAAACUAUAUGAGUGCAGACAUUGUGGGAAAUCCUUCCGUUACAAGUCUAACCUCCAACAACACAACAGAGUUCACACAGGAGAAAAGCCAUAUAAGUGCAGUGAAUGUGGGAUGUCCUUUCGUACAAGGACUCAGCUCACUAGACACCUCAGAGUUCACACUGAAGAGAAGCCAUAUGAGUGUAGAGAAUGUGGGAUGUCCUUUCGUACAAGGGCUCACCUCACUAGACACCUCAGAGUUCACACUGGAGAGAAGCCACAUGAGUGUAGAGAAUGUGGGAUGUCCUUUCGUACAAGGGCUCACCUCACUAGACACCUCAGAGUUCACACUGGAGAGAAGCCACAUGUGUGUACUGAAUGUGGGAAGUCUUUUAGCCAAAAAUCCAACCUUAAUAAACAUCUGAGAGUUCACACUGGAGAGAAGUGUUAAAUGUGCAGGGAAUGUUUCCUUUUAUUCACUUAGAAUAACAACAUUGAAGGAGACUCGUUGCAACCUAUUUUCCUGAAUUUAAACUUCUUUUAAUGGAACAUGCACUCUUCUAGAUUCCUCAUGUUUCCAGUACAGGUGAAGCUUAAACGAGGUGCAUUGCACUUUGUAACAUGCCCAGGUCUUCUACCCGAUUGAUUUGUGGCUGAAGAGAUUUUCCCUCUACCACCUGGGUCUCCUGAAGAGUGUGUAUCAGUCCCAACCCCUACGUGCUCAGGGGAAAUGUAUUCUGUGUUGUCACUUGUGCUUGAGAGCAUUAGGAACCCUCCGCUCCUGACAGGAUCUUCAUUUAUCUCCGAGGAGGUAAUGCACCUGACCCAGGGUUCAUACAGGGCACUUUCCUCAGCUAAGACGUGCGGCCUUUGUCAGGGACAUGUGGUUCUCACAUUAUGCUGUGAUGAAUUGUUUCAAAUUCUGAUUCACCAACCUGCAAACGGUUUUCUGUCAUGUUUUCUGGUUUGUGAUCUUUAGUAAAGGUAUUUUUUCUUUAGUACCUUUAAUUUUCUUGGUUAUAUUCACCCCCAGGGAUGAUUUUCAAGCACUAUUGUGGUCUAUGUUGUAUAAUUUACAGAUAUUGUGUGGAUCCCAACGUUUCUGUGCUUUAGGAGGGACAGCAUAAUGCCAGGAAAUCACUCUUUGACCAGUAUUGGCUUUUAGUGCAUUGCUGCCCACGGCCUUGAAAUAAAGACUGCAUGACUUUGUGGUUCUUAUUUGCAGGUUUGAUCCUGGCCUCUAUGGAGCUUUGUAGGAGGCAUCUAAUUUUUCCUUCUCUCUCACAUUGAUGUCACUCCCAAUCUUUCUCUUCCUCUCCCCCUUCCCUUGCACUCUGUCUGAAAAUCAAUGGAACAAUAUCCUCAGGUGAGGAUUACCAAAAAAUCCAAACAUUCACCCUGGUGCCCUGAGAUGGGGCCUCUGCCGAUACAACCCAGCUUUGCUCACUCCUGCCUUUUCCUGGGAUGUUCCCAAUGCAGGUGGGCUCACUGUGCCCUUCCCAGUGUUUGGCAGAGCGGCAAGGCCCUGGGAGGGAUCGGGGUUCUGUGUGUGCCUGAGAUGUACUGGCCAGGGCUCUUCUGUCUGCAUCCAGAGGUCUCUCCAGCCUGCUCCUUCCCACCCCCCAGGCACCUAGCCUGCUGCAAAUGAACCUACUUCUGUAUCUGGGAGAAGCCCCCUGAUGGUAUGGGCCCUGAAAUCAGUUCAUCUUUAGAAAAUCCUGCCUCCCACCAACCCAUUCACACCCCUGAGACCCACUGGUGUUUACGUCUCUUUUUUUUUUUUUUCAUUUUAGGGAUUAUUUUGCAUUUUAUUAAAAAUACAGCACAUCUCUCCCCUACCCCCUCACCCAGCUGUCCUGGAGGUAGCAUGGAUUCUCCAGGAUAUGGUUUUGUUUAUUUUCAAUGGUGGGAGCAUUCUGUAAUACAAGCAUUUCCAGAAGGGGAGGAUUGGUCUCAAUAUAAUUCCACAUUUGGAGGAUGAUUUGUGGUUGGUGUGCCCCCGCCCCUAAGUUUUGCCUGUGCAUGGAAGACCUGAAAUGAGGGUAUAGUUCCUGGAUUCUGGGGAAUAGUGUGCUGGUGGGGGUGCGGUUGAGGGGGCAGAGAGUUUGGGUGCCUGUGAACGUGUUCCUGCCAGCUCAUGGUCCAGGUUCCUUGAGCGGGUGGGCUGAGGGAAGGCUGUAGGAAUGAGAACUUGAGUUGGGCUGGAUGGAGGGUCAGCAGCCAUGGGUGGGCAUAAGGAACACAUAUAAAGACUGUGGCUUUGGAUACUGUUGAGCUCAACUGUUUCAGAUUCCCCAAAUACAGAGUCCCCUGUCCUUGGGAACUGGCAUCUAGUGGAGGACAGUACACAAUGGACCAGGAUACUUGUGAGAGGUGACAGCAGUGAUGGGGGAAGGUGAAACCAGCGUUGGUCAGUGGGGUCUUCACUGCGGAAGUCUGGGAAGGGUUGGCAGGCUCCAGAUGGGAGCCUGCCCUGUGCAUUUGCGAGCUGUACGGCGGUCACUCUGGCUGGUUUUAACAGCAAGGAUCAGAAAGUGGUAAAAAAAAAUAAUAAUAAUAAAAUAAAUGGUGGCCGAAUAGGCUGAUGUAUUGUGCAUCUCGUCCUGAGCCAAACUGGAAAUACAACUAAAUCAAAGAGCACCCACUUGUUAUUAACAAAUUACAUGCAGCGGAGCAGACAAUUUACAAUCAGAAAAGAUUCCCAGGGAAUGGCAAGAACUGGGAAGUGGACUUGACAGACACAGAAUGAGGUGCCGUAAAAACUGACCCCACAGAAAUACAAGGGACUGUAAGAAAAUACUAUGACGGACAUUAUUCCAACAAACAGGACAACCUGGACAAAAUGCCCAUAUUCUUAGAAAAAUACAACCUUCCAAAACUCAUUCAGGAAGAAUCAGAAAACCUGAAAAGACAAAUAACUACUAAUGAAAUUGAAGCAGUAAUUAAAACAAAAAACUCCCAGCAAAUAAAAGGUCUGGUCCAGAUGGCUUACCGAAACAGAGUUUUACCAAACAUUCAAAGAACUAACAACUAUACCCCUCACACCAUUUCAACAAAUCCAAGAGUAUACAACACUUCCAAGCUCGUUUUACAAAGCCAGCAUUAUCCUACUUCCAAAACCAGAUAAAGAUAUGGCAAAAAGAACUACAGGCCCUAACCAGUUUGCUCAGUGGAUAGAGCGUUGGCCUGCGGACUGAAGGGUCCCAGGAUUGAUUCCAGUCAAGGGCAUGUACCUUGGUUGUGGGCACAUCCUCAGUAGGAGGUGUGCAGGAGGCAGCUGAUGUUUCUCAUCGAUGUUUCUAACUCUUUAUCCCUUUCCCUCUCUGUAAAAUAUCAAUAAAAUAUAUUGAAAAAAGAAGAAGAACUACAGGCCAAUAUCCCUGAUGAACCUGGACACUAAAGUCCUUGACAAAAUUUUAGCAAACCAGGUCCAGCGAUACAAUAAAGACAUCAAACAUCAUGACCAAGUGGGAUUUAUUCUGGGGAUGCAAGGCUGGUACAAUAUUUGCAAAUCAAUAAAUGUGAUACAGCACAUACAUAGAUUGCAAGACCAAAAAAAAAAACUGGAUUGUAAAAGAAAUCACAUGAUCAUAUCAAUCGAUGCAGAAAAAGCAUUAGACAAAAAUCCAACACCCUGUUUGUUUGUUUUUAAAUAACUCAGCAAAGUGAGAAUAGAAGGGACAUACCUCAACAUAACCAAGGCCAUAUAUGACAGACCUACAGCCAACAUCCUACUCAAUGGGCAAAAACUAAAACCAUAUCCCCUAUGAACAGGAACAAGACAGAAUAUCUGCCUUCACACUCUUGUUCAAAUUGUACUGGAAUUACUGGCCAUGGUGAUCAGACAAGAAGAA